CAUUUUCCCACAAUCCAUUGGUUCCGUACACAAAUAUUAGACGGCUGAUUGUUACGAGGCUUGCUUGUAAAAUACUAUCAUAAAAUCGGAAAAUAACCUUAGAGUACAUAUUAAAAAGCGAACUCUUUGCUAAUUCAGAAGAAUUCCGGCGUCUUUACUUAUGAUACUUUCUGCUAGCUUAGCGUUAGCAUAAGUAGUUUUUCUUUAAAGCUAACAAGGGACGAAUUUUAUAACAUGUCUGGACCAAAUGGAGACCCAAACAUCUCUAGUGAGGAUGGGAUCAUCAACGACGACGACGAAUUUGGCGAAGAGGAAUAUGCUGCGAUCAACUCCAUGCUAGAUCAAAUCAACUCCUAUCUGGAUGACCUGGAGGAACGCAAUGACACCCUUAAUGGCAAACUGCACGAACUGCUGGAGUCAAAUCGACAAGCCCGCCUGGAUUUCAGGGCGGAACUUCUUGGCUCUACAACCCAAGAGGAGCAUCAUGCUGCGGAGCAGGAGUCUUUACCAAGCAUGCCAGAUCAACUUGAAGAAAAUAAGUGACAAGAUCAAACAGACGUGAAGGGAAAGACAGAUGAUGAUGAAAGAAGAUGCAAUUCCUGGUGUCCGAUUGAGUGGUCAUCCUUAAUCUACAUAGUCCAUUCAUGUCUAAAUGCAAAUACACCACCUUAUCAGGAGAGAUGGCUCGAAUUAAUCUGUGACCUUUUGUCGCUACUGUUCUGGGGAGAUUGGAGUUUAUACCACUAUAUAUUCAGGUUUCACUUUUCCAUGACAAACUUAGAAAAUCCAAUCAAAUUUGUUGCUGCUGCGUUCAGAAUAUUUUAGCAGCAAGUUAAGAUUUAUCCAAAUAUCAGCUGAAGUUACGUGGAAAUAAUUACAAUCUGUAUUUCUAUUUAUUUUGUCCCAAAACGUAAUAUUGAUGUUAUUAAUAUAUCUCUACAGCACUAUCAAUCCAUGUUAUGUAGUGUUACUGUUAACUCGUGAGAUUUAUGUUCAACGGCUGUCAGCUGUAAAGUAUUAACAUCACAUCAACACAUAGUGGGAAUUGUCAGACAUUUUAAUAUAAAUUAAGAUUACUCGGAAACAAAAAACAAACAUCCAAAAAUACAAUAAACUUCCAGCAGUUAAAAAAACA